UAAUAGCGAUAAAAAACAAGGCGACCUCGUAGCAGAGUGACAACACGUCAAAAAUGGCAGAAUCAUCUCCAACAAAAACCGAAAUUGAGGAAGUUUUUAAACGUUUGCGUGCUAUUUCUUCAAACAAAACAUGCUUUGACUGCAAUGCAAAAAACCCAGCUUGGUGCAGUGUCACGUACGGAGUAUUUCUGUGCAUUGAUUGCUCCGCAAUCCACCGAAGCUUGGGAGUUCACUUAACAUUUGUAAGAUCUUCUCAAUUAGACACUAAUUGGACAUGGCAACAAUUGCGGAAUAUGCAAUUGGGAGGAAAUGCUCACGCAAGAUCAUUUUUUUCAUCACACAAUUGUACAAGCACAGACGCCCAACAAAAAUACAAAUCCCGUACCGCGAUGCAGUACCGGGAAAAACUUGCUCAAGCUUCCAAUCAAGCAAUGAAACGUUACGGUACCAAGGUUAUAAUUACAGCGUAUGACAUUAAAAUGCUGCAUAUUGAUGAAAGCGAAUCGAAUAAAUGCCAAGAAAAAGACAAAGAAGAGGUUGAUUUUUUCACCGAGCACGAAUCUUUCGAAAAGCUGAACAAUAUGGCGGCUCCCAGCCUCAAAAUGGCGGCUCCUACGAUAGAGCCGGUGAAAGAGAAGGACAAGGAUAAAGAUGUUGAUUUAUUAAUUAAUUCUAUGGGACCUACUGUUAAAUUAUCGGAAGGAUCUGGAGGUGGUAGUUUUAAAUCGACUAUUGGAGGACGGAAAGUUCAGCAGAAGAGACCUGGGUUAGGAAAGAAAGCUGGAGGAAUGGGAGCCCAGAGAGUGACGACAAACUUUGACGAGCUGGAAAAAUCAGUCGCCGAGUCCCAGGCGGCUGUUAUUAAGGAACCGGAAACAGAAGAGGACCAAUCAGAAGCUAACAGCCGGUUGGCUUACAAGAUGGAGCAGAAUCUUACGGAACAGGCGAAGCUCGUGAAUGAGCGUGCUAAAAAAAUGGACCCUAAGAAGGCUAGCCAGGCGGAGCGCCUUGGGAUGGGAUUCGGCUCGCGCAGCGGAGCGAGUCACUCUGCGUUCAGUGACAUGAAAGUAAUCACCCAGGAGUCAACCAACACUCGCAAGGAGUCCAAGUUCUCUUUAAGAGACGAGCCAGAGACGGAAGCGCCCUCUGUGAGGAUCGUCAACGAUUUAGACGAUUUUUUCUCGGCGAUAAGCACGCCGUACUCCUCAAAGUCUUCCUACAAGUCGACCGAGGAGGUCGUUGUGAUCAGCGAGCCCGAGCCGCCUAAGAGAGGUCCGAGGGUCAAGCCGGAAGUCAAGCACUUGGCCAGCGGGGACGGAGAAGCCCAAAGAAAAUUCGGGGAAGCCAAGGCGAUCAGUUCGGAUCAAUAUUUCCGCGAUGGUAACAACGACGAUGCGUGGGAACGCAAGAGCAAUUUAAGGAGAUUCGAGGGCUCCUCAUCGAUCUCUUCCUCCGAUUACUUUGGGAGCAAUCAAAUUUCUCCGACUGGCUCGUACUCACCGGGGUCACUUUCGAUGAGCAGCAUCGCCGCUAGAACCGGCUCCGUUGAUCUUGAGGAUGUUCGCGAGUCAGUGCGUCAAGGUGUGAAUAAAGUUGCUGGAAAAAUUAGUUCUCUGGCAAAUGCAGCGGUAAAUUCACUACAGGAUCGUUAUUUUUAAUGAUAAAUUAAUUUAUCCUGUAAUUAAAUAUAAAUUAAUUGAUUGUUAAUCUUUUUACAGUAAAUGUUUGUUAUUUGCCUUAAAGUUAUUAUUUGUAAGGUUCUAUUGAGUAAUAAAAAUUAUCACUAUUAAUAUUA